CGCGAUUACGUCAUGACGUUGAGUUUGCCCCUGCCCAUCAGCCCAGGAAACCCUGUGUAGACCUGCCAACGCCCGGUGGAGAGAAGGGGGAAAGACUGAGAGGUAAGCGGCGGCUCCUCCACACCGGGGAUUAAUCGGUAUACACUGCGGGCGGGGGGGCGAGUGUGAAGCGGGGAUCGAGGAGUGUGCCCGAGAGCCGAGUAUUCCUGGACACCGCCCAGCCCCCACCACCACUCAGUGAGAGAGAGAGAGAGAGGCCGGGGGAGGGGGGGGGACUGGGUGUAUAGGGCUUCCUGUCAUUUCAUCUAACUGCCCCUGACCGGAGGGCCUGGUAUGUAGGGGGUAAUUACUGAGAGACAUGGGUGUAAUUACUGAGAGACAUGGGUGUAAUUACUGAGAGCAGGGGGGUUAAUGGAGAGACAUGGGGUAAUUACUGAGAGCAGGGGGGGUUAAUGGAGAGACAUGGGGUAAUUACUGAGAGCAGGGGGGGUUAAUGGAGAGACAUGGGGUAAUUACUGAGAGCAGGGGGGUUAAUGGAGAGACAUGGGGUAAUUACUGAGAGACAUGGGGUAAUUACUGAGAGACAUGGGGUAAAUACUGAGAGACAUGGGGUAAAUACUGAGAGACAUGGGGGUAAAUACUGAGAGACAUGGGGGUAAAUACUGAGAGACAUGGGGGUAAAUACUGAGAGACAUGGGGGUAAAUACUGAGACAUGGGGGUAAAUACUGAGACAUGGGGGUAAAUACUGAGACAUGGGGGUAAAUACUGAGAGACAUGGGGGUAAAUACUGAGAGACAUGGGGGUAAAUACUGAGAGACAUGGGGGUAAUUACUGAGAGACAUGGGGGUAAUUACUGAGAGACAUGGGGGUAAUUACUGAGAGACAUGGGGGGGUUAAUGGAGAAACAUGGGGUAAUUACUGAGAGCAGGGGGGUUAAUGGAGAGACAUGGGGUAAAUACGCAGAGCGGAGGGGUUAAUGGAGAGACAUUGGGUGCUUUCUGAGGGCAGGACAGUGUUAAUAAAUAGGGGUAUUUAUGUAUGGGCUUGUGGUAUUAAUGUUAGGGUAGGUCUAUUAAUGAAGAUGUGAGCAUUGCACCCUCCCUGGGCAGUAGGUACCAGGGCAGUGAUGGGUAUCUACCAUAUUGAGGGUGUAUAGGCCACAUUCUGGUGUCAGGCCAGUUUUAAGCCCUUGUGUGUCAGAUGGCACAGCCUCUUAGUGGCCAACCUUUGGCACUCCAUAAUAUAUGAACUAAUCCUUCAUUUACAUCCAUGUAAACCACAACAAAUGGAGUGCCCAGGCUAGUGGACAUCAUUCUCUUCCUCCCAUUGGAAUGAUUACACCAGAGCUGAAAUCAGAUUCUUAUGGAGAGCUGGGCUUCAUAGGAGCUGCAGUCUAGCAGCUAAAAACCCACUUUAGAUCUGCCCUGCUGAAUGAUAUUGCAAGCCUGUAUUAUACACAGUUAAAAAUAUAGAGUAAGGAAAAUUGGGGUGGAUGACCGGGUGAUGAGUUCUUUUUAAAGGGAUUAUAGUGAAUGCUGAUAAUGUUGCCUUUCAGUAAAUGAUAUAUAAAUAACAGUGAAUCUGUGCUGUUUAUGUGAAACUGAUAAAACAGUGAAUGAUUGAGGUUUUGUAGGGGGUUGGGAAGCAGAGCGGAAAUGCAGCAGGGAGGAGGUUGUUGGGGGAGGGGAGUAAGGAGGGGCAGGGUCCUUUAGGAAGCUGUCAACCCCUAUCCAUUUAUUGAUGUGAAUUCUGCCACACUAACAAUUAAUAUUGGCCAGUUUAGUAAAAUAAGUACAGUUUGUUAAACAUAUAACUGUAUGUGUGUGAAUAGAUAUAGGUUUUGUUUUUUUCAGUAUCAAUGACAGAUCUGUUUUUUGGUGUUUGCUUUCUUAAACUGACUUCUGUGUACAAUUACGUUUAUGAUUGUUCUACUUCCAUUUUAAAGUGGCAAAUGUUACAACCAUCCUGCAAUUUUGGUUUUGUGUGCAUUGAUGUCCUCACCUCAGAAUAUAUGCCAUUUUAGUUGUGUGAGACUUUGUCUCAAUCUCUGGACUGCCUUUGAUAGUCUUAAUUUACUUUUUUUUUUUCUUUAUCCCAUUUAUAUUUUGACUGUCCAGUGUCAUGUUGGAAUCUUGUACAUUAUAUUAACACUUUCAUUGCAAGGGUGGUGUAGAGCUUAUGCCAAGGGUGAGUUAGUAGGCUGUUUUGCAGAAAAGUGUUGAAUCUUUUGUGUUACAGAGACCAGAUUGGUUUUAUUUUAACUUUUCUGAGAACACUGUUAAAUGUUUUUAGAUAAAAUAUAUAUUAUAAUAUAUAUUUUAUGGUUCUAUUGUCAGUGCAGGUUUUAUAGAAAACUUAGCAAAAUACAGAUGUAUUAGCAAAUGUCUUAGUAACUGUGUACUGAUAUGUUGAAACUCCAGUUUGGGUAUUUUGGCAGACACGACAGAUAAUUGAACAUGUAUGUGAAUCAAGGAGACAAUUAACAUAAUAUUAUAUUGCUAUGGUGCAUGGAGUGCCCUGGUGCCAUCCUCUGUUUUAAUAUCAAAAUGAUUAGGUAUGUGUUUUUCUCUGUGCCCAGGGACAGCAUCAUCUCAACUACAUGGGCAUGGACAGUAUGAGCUUAACACUUCCACAUUAUUGGUACCAGUUUUGUCCAAUCUUGACAAUAUUGAUUUGCUGAGUGCCAGUCCCAGCACUCUCAGCCAAUGUCCUCCAGUUUUUUGUCAGACUGAUAAUGGAAAGUGUUAAUUUCUGGGUUUGUGGCAAGCCAUUUCUAAAUAGUUUGAUGUUAAACAAAUGGAAGGUGCCAGGGCAUUUUAAAGGAACAGUUUUGAUAACUUUGAGCUCCUUAUAAUGGCCUGUAAUCCACUGCAGCUGCUGCUGCUUUGCCAGUGAAGUCAUGGGGUGCAUGUGUGGCAGUCACCAGACUUGUUAAUUCAGUGCUUCUUUGAGAAGAGUGGAGUUGUAUUUUACCCCAUCAUGCUGUGUGAUGAUGCAGAAUGUGAAGGUCUUGAAUAAACUCUCCAGCUCCCUAAAGCAUUUUAACUUGCUGGAGUGCUUCAGAAACUAACAAAGUUCACACUGUUCUAUUUUAUAAUAGUCACAAUUUUAAGAGUAAUUUGUACUUUUAUUAUUGGCAUUAGUUAAACAUUCAAGGUAGGUACCUUCAAGACCUCUGGGAGCGUUUCCUGCUCACUCACUUUAAACAAGUGUUCUUAGAGUUGCAUUCUUUUGGUAAAUUGGGCAUAUGGCCCCUUAUAUCUUGUAGUCUCAAGUGCUUCUCUAUGACUCGGCUGGAUUAAACGUGAAUUUUUUUUCAAAUUAAAAUAAAAAACAAUUUCAUUUUUAAUGUAGGCAUAUUCCUUUGAAGGAGGAAGUGCCUCCUGUGGCUUUCAGAUGGCCAUUAGAGCUGUGAUCUUAAACAAGUGUAAACAUUGCCUUUUCUCAGAAAUGACAAUGUUUUUUACGUUGUCCAAGUAAAAAGACCAUCACACAAAACACUACAUCUUAAUGUGUUUUAAAGCUUCCAUUUAAGCAGUAUUACAGCUAGUUGUGGUAUUGUUAGGUAGGAUGCUCCUUUAAAUCUUUUGUGCUUUCCCUUUAGUCAUGGUUCAUCAUUUAUUGAAACAGAGAAAACCAGUUGCAUUCCUGGAUCUCAGUAAGUUAAGAUGAAUAUAAUAACAAUCAGGUAGUUGUGUAGGUGUGAAAUGUGCUUUGGACUGUGACUACUUUGGUCAUUCUAUCAGAAGUGUGCCCAGUAUCAAACUGUUGAUGCCUCAGCGUGAAUGUCACAUUCACAAUAGAGCUCUCCAACUGUAAAUCAUUUAGCCUGUUUGUAGUUCUCGCCAAUGCAAGGAUUUUUGCUGCACAUUUUAAACAUUGUUUCCUUUCUAUGAACACUAUGCAGCCAGCUUCCUCAAAAAAGUUACAUUUUCAGUAACCCACCUAUCCCAUUUUCCAUGUAUGAGUAAAGAUUGAGUUUGCGUGUGUAUAGUAUAUAUGUGCCAAACAAAUUUGUGGGUUUGUAUAAUAUAUGUGCAGGAAUCAGGAUUUCAAGUCCUACAGCAGCGCUGUCCAACCUGCUGCCCCCCAGGUGUUGCUGAACUACAACUCCCAUGAUUCCCUUGCCAUCUGUUUCAUUGGACGAAUCAUGGGAGUUGUAGUUCAGCAACAUCUGGGGGGGCGCAGGUUGGACAGGCUUGUUCUUCAGUAUAUGCCAGGCAUCACUCCUCCCCUGCAAACCUCCUCCAGCAAUAAGUUGAGGAAUGGGCAGUGCAGCAGCAGAGAAAGCUGCCCUGCCCUCAAUGUUUGUAGUCUUUACCACUGUCGACUGGUAAUACCAGCAAUGACUAAGUCAGAAAAUGUAAACAACCUCAGCUAUACUUUUGCAUGGAAUGUAGCUAGCACAUUGUAUAAAUACAAUUUAGUAUCAGGGCUUAAUAUCUAAAGUCCUAUGCACUACUGCCAUUCUUUAAGUUAUUCACCACUGCAGGUCGUGGUCUACUCUCCAAUGGCUCGUGGCAAGUAGAAAUUUUGAGCCCUGGUAUAAAUAAUACAGUAUGCUAUUUAAAGGUUAAUCACAGUGGGGGAAAAAAACAUUAUUUACAUCACUUUCAAUAUUGCUCCCGCACAUCUAAUGCCUCGUUUCCACUGAGCAGAACGGUUUGGUACGCUAUUUUGAGUGUUUCCAUUAUGAAAGUGGCCCAUACAACUAAACCGAACCACACCAUUCCCCCUUCAGAUGAAGGUCCAUAGGAAAUGGUACAGUACGGUUAGGGCGGAGCUACUAUCGUCACACUAUACAAUCCGUUGAUUAGCAGACAGGAAAACGUCAAUGCUCACGUCAAUUGACACGCUAGGCAUUUGGUCUAAACCCCGCAUGGCCCCUGGGGUUCGACUUGCAGUGUAAACGCUCACCUGAAUAGGCCGGACCAUUCUAACCCUUCCAAACUGUACCGACCCGAACCGUUCCACUCAGUGGAAACAAGCAGCUUUAAAAGAAAGGACCACUCUAGUGCCAGGAAAACAAACUCGUUUUCCUGGCUCUUUAGGUCCCACUCUCGCCAGGCUGAAGGGGGAGGAAGGGGUUAAACCCUUACCUUUCUCCAGAGCCGGGCUCCCUCUGCGCUGGGGAUUCUCCUCCCUCUUCCGACGUCAUCCACUGAAUGCGCAUGCACGGCAAGAGCCGCGCGCGCAUUCAGUGAGUCCAUAGGAAAGCAUUUCUCAAUGCUUUCCUAUGGACGCUGGCGUCUUCUCGCUGUGUUUUUUAACAAUGAGAAACGCCACUAGAGGCUGGAUUAACCCUAAUGUAAACAUAGCAGUUUAUCUGAAACUGCUAUGUUUACGGCAGGGUUAACUCUAGAUGGACCUGGCACCCAGACCACUUCAUUGAGCUGAAGUGGUCUGGGUCCCUAUAGUGGUCCUUUAAAAGAACACUGUGGUGCCCAAAUUCAAAAUAUUAAAAAAAUCACUGUUUAGUAGAUAUACUCUAAAUGAAAAUGUGUGCCUUAAAUUAUGCAUUUUGAAAUUGGAAUUGUAUUUAAAAACAGCUUGCAAAAACAUCAGAUCUCGUCUGCAUUUACAAACCCUCCCCUUCCAACCCAAUCACAGACUUCCCAAUGCAGAUCAAUGAGAAGUCUUUGCAAGACAGGUACUGUAGGAAAUUGCUGCCUCUUGAGUUCAGUGCAAAUAAGCUAACCAAACCAGGAAGUGACAGGACCGGACGCUGGGGAACUCUCCUCUCUCUGCCGACGUCUGUGCCGAAUGCGCGCGCAAUUAAACGAUGGACAUCCAGCGUCUUCUCACUGGGAUUUUCAAAGUGAGAAGCGCCUCUAGUGGCUGUCAGUGAGACAGCCACUAAAGGCUGGAUUAACCCUCAGUGAAACAUAGUAGUUUUUCUGAAACUGUUUUCAGCUGCAGGGUUAACACUAGAGGGACCUUGCACCCAGACAACUUCACUGAGCUGAAUUUUUCUGGGUGCCUAUAGUGGUCCUUUAAUUUAGUGGUUUUGGUGUCUGUGUGGAAUUUGUUGGUGCUAUAUAAAAGGCUAUAAUAAUAUAGCUUGUCCUUGCAGGCUUUUCAAUGUAAAAGCUGCAUGUUCAGGGAAAAAAGUGUUUACAUUGGUGCUUAGUAACACCUCAAAUGUCAGUAACUCACAUGGCCACUAGAGGUGCUUCUUAGCCAGUACUAGGCAGUGUUUAGCAUCUCCAUGAUAAACGUUCCCCAUAGAGAUGCAGCAGCGAGACCUUUUCACUGAGAUGGGGGGGGGAGGGUCACCUAUACAGCUACUUCAGGACUAUAUUGUCAGGAAUACAAGUUUGUAUUCCUGGCACUAUAGUGUUCGUUUAAUCCUUGCAUGAUGCUUAUGUUGGAUGAGGGCUGGUGGCCAAUAGGCAGAUACUCUCAUUAGGCUUUAAAUUACUGAUGUCCUACUCUUUUUUUGUUUUUGUUUGUUUAACCCAUGCAAUACUGAGAAAUCCCAUGUCCGCAGAAUAGUAGUAAUAGGGAUAUUACGUAUUAAGAUUUGCAAGCAUCAGCAUAAUAUAAAGCAAAAGUCUACAUAUGCCACACCAAUUAAUAUUGGUGCACACUGUGUGUUCCUUCCUCUUUAGUUUUAUUGAAUCACUGGAGCCUGUGUUAUUAAAUGUCCGUUCAGCAAUUUGAGGCUAUUUAUCUUCUUAAAGGGAAACUAUAGUGCCAGGAAAACAAAGUUGACUAAAAUGUUGCCAUUUCCUGCAGCUGUCACUAAUGACAGCUGAGAGGAAAAAGGAAUUGUCUAUGGAGUCUCCAUAGAUAUCAGUGUUGUAGUCUUGUGGGCUCCUGGCAGAUUAAGCUCAAGGAACUGAAGAGGAUCCACUGGAUGAUAAUGGACAGCUUCAGGUAAGUAAAACCAUGCACCCCGGACCACUGCUUUGCAUGCGGAGAGUCAUCAUCAUCGGAGUCUCUGCCAAAUAUGAAAAGAACCCAGAAUGUGACAAUGCUUUUUAAAGUGAUAAAAAAAGUGUAUAAGUAAAACUAAUGCUCAUUGUUUUUGCUCUAUAAUCGAUGAAUUCAUCAAUGUUAUAUUUUUCUAUGUAAGUACGCUGUCCACUGCAUAUAACAUGUAUUUCUGGAAUGUGAUAUAGCUUCAAGUUAAGAGAUGGGUACAGACUUGCACCUCUGGGUAGGUGUUGGUUUGUUUUGAAAUACAUGGAUAGAAUAAUUUUGAUAGACACCGUUAGUUGAAUGUUACAUAUACCCUCCUCUCUCUCUUCUCCAAGCGCGCUGAUUUAGAGAUCAAUCAGAAAUAACUUUACAAAGUUGUCUUCCUUUAUUAAUAUUUAUUUACACAUAUGCAUACUAUUUUUCUACAUAUAAGUUUGGUUUCUCUGAGCACCACUGUGCAUAAUGUUUCAUCAAAAAAGGUUUGUUUGUUGGCUUUAAGAGCAGUUUGCCAUAUCCCUUUGACUUAAUCGCUUUCAAACUGUAGUGACUAGUUAACUCUGUUAACAUUCAGUAUCAUGUGCUGUGAAUUUCCACUUGACAAUACUCAGUUGAACUACAGUGUGUCAGGGACUAGUUUCCUGGCCUUGACAUUUUCAGCAGCCAUUGUUUUAGACUCUUUGUCUAGUUUCUGGUGGAUGUUUAAAGGGAAAUUCUUGAAAAGUUCCAAUAAUUGGAGCUGUACAAAUCUCAUGGUGGAUUGUGGCUCCUAAAGCCUCUUUGUUACUUUUGUGUUCACUCUACAAAGUUCAAUAUGUUAAUUGGAGUUAAAACAAGAAUUUCACAGAGAGGAUGCCCUUAAUUCCAAAGCUCAUCCACAAUUUCUACAGGGAUUUGGCUACACUAGUGAAUUUUGGAAGGGGGUAAGCUCCGUAUGUCAGCUUAUUAUGGAAGCUCUAGCUGCAUUUGUCAUUGAAUUUAUUGUGAUCUCAGUUGAAGAGAGAUUCUGAUAUUGGGAGGUUAAUACUGGUUGAACCAUAGUUAAAAAUAAUAAUCAAAAUAAAAAUGUUUUUAUUUUAAAUAUAUAUUGUUACCAGUCCCAGUUGAUGGCUACACCCUUAAAAGAACCAGACCACUUAACGGGACACUGUAGUCACUGUCUGGAGUCCCCUGGUAAUGUCAUUUCAUUCAGCAUUAAACCGUUUGAAUGCAUCAAUGCUAAACAAGAGUCGCCAGCAGGCCACCCCAUCGUUGCGGCUUUGGCUAGGGAGGAAGUAUUAGUCUGAGCAGCUGUGAUUGGCUGAGAGUGUCAGCUGACUGCUUCUAGCCUAUCAGAUCUCCAACUGAUUGUAUGACUACAAGGAAGUGUGCAAUCUCUGCCUUAGUCACACCUCCAGCUUGGGGAAGGACUGUGGGUGGCCAGAGACACUUAAGUGUUUAACUGCUUUUAUGCGUAUUAAUACUGAAUGCAUGAACAUUUCCAGGGUACUCGAGGCACUAAAACCAAUUCAAUGAGAUGAAAUGGUUACAGUGACUACAGCGUCCCUUUAAUCUCAGUAAAGUGGUCUGGGUACAGUCUCCCUUUAGUUUUAACCCUGCAAUGUAAAACAUUGGUAAUCUAAACAUCUAGCAGUUCACGAACACAUUUAUAUUCCUAACACUAUAGUGCCCUUUUAAACUGGCACUCUUCCUUAAUCACUACAGUUAAUUAUAGUCAUGGUGCAGAGUCUGUAGUUGCUGUGGCUGAUGUCAGUCCGUUUUUAAGCUUCACAGACUUUUUUGCUCUAUAAUCUCUACAAUGGGUUAGUGCAGGGUUAAGACUGCUUCUAGUGGCACUUCCUGCAUUUACACAAAUUUUAUCUCAUUGAAUUGAGUUGGAUGUCCUCACACUUUGCAUGAGGACGUCCAGCGACAUCACCAUAGGAAAGUAUUGAAUCAAUGCUUUAUGGGAAAGGCCUAAUGCAUGCGCAGCACUUGCUGCAUCCCCACUUUGCUGACAUAGGAGGAAAGAAGCAUGUGUUUAAACGUUGUUGGUUUUGUGUUUAUUUUAUUUUUUAAACCCUUUCCAUGCCCAGAGGUGGGGGUGGACAAUAGCCUUAUGGCUGAGGGUCACUAUAGCUUUAGGAAUACACUUUUGUGUUUCAAACGCAAUAGUAUUCCUUUGAAGGAAUAUUAUGAGUGCCAGAAAGACAAAGUUGUGUUUCUGCCACUAUAGCUCCCUUUAUUAUUCUGAACAUAGUGCACCUGUGCUGAAAACUCUUUAAUGCAGUUCUGGAUAAAAUGGGAGAAUUACGAUCAAGUUGUAUCUUCUCUUGGAUGAACUCAGCCCAACUCUACCUUUACCGAGGAGACUGCUUAAAUCGCUUCACUGAAACCUAGCUCUUUGUAUAAACUAGAUAAAACUCUCUAAAAGUCUGGAUAUCCGACUCCUUUUUUUUUUUUUUUAAUUUCCAGAAAUGUGACAUAAGUAGAAUCUUCCUGUAAUGCUGGAGUUGAAAGCAUUAUUGUAUGAUUAUUUUUUUUGUUAAAACAUUAAUAGACAUAGUUGGUUAAAGAACUGUAAGUUACAAAAUUGCCAUAGUAUGCGUUGAUGUAUGUACUGAGGUGAACAGUGCUCACACUUACCUCCCCAGUGUUUAGAUGUAAUCUCUUGAUGUUCUAGGCACAUCCUUUUGGAUUGAAAUAUAUAUUUUUUUAAAUAUUUAAAUCCAUAGUUUUUUUUGUGUAAGCUUGCAAGUUGUCCAAAAACCCACAAAGUGACAAUUUACCUUUAAAAUUGGUGAUGUCUUGGAUAAAUUAUACAAAUCCAAUGAUACAUUGUGCUAGGAAAAAUGCCAGCAGAUGUGUGAAUUAAAUAUUGUGCAUGUUGACAUCCUUAACCUGGCUAAUUUUGCACAUUUGCUUAGAUGACAUUGUUAAAAUGCAUGCGCAGCUACAAUAUUUGUAGAUUUAUAUGUCCUUGCUCUUGCAUAAAUGUGCAAGCUACUAUUUUAAGGGGACUUUCCAGGGUGGAUUUACCACCAAUUUAUUUGUAUAGCCUAAUGGAAUGCAUUUCAGAUAAAUAAAAAUAUUCCCCCGAAUGCCCCUUGUUUGUAACUAAUCCACAGCCCUUCUGCACGAACAGUUACAUUGUGAAGAAAGUAUAUUUAUUUUCACUGUAGCUCCUUUAAAACAUUGCUGCUUUGAAAGCGAACAUGUUCUUGAUUACAAUUAUUGGCUGAAUUAUAUGUUAAUGGUACUGCUAUGUAGGACAUAUGACUGCAUUGCUGCUCUCUGAAGGAGAAAAUGCUGUGCUCUAUGUUUGAUGACUAAUUGAUGAUACACUUCCAAAGUUUCACAAUGAAGUAUAGAGGAAGUGCUGCAAUCAGCUUUUCAGAAUAGUAUUUCAUCAAACUAACCAGAAAUAAAAAGGUUUCAAAAAGCACACCAUGCAAUAUAAAAGGGAAAACCUAAAUUUAACCCGAGCAAACUUAAGCCCUACUGAGCGUUGCACUGGUAUAGAGAGGCUGGGCCAGGAAUGACCUCAAAUUCUGGCCCGGAAUCACUAAGCAGCGCAUGAGGUAGCCGAGCAAGAAGAUAAUAGGUCCCUUGCUGCCCGCCUACAGAGCUAUUAGUUGGCCGUCCACCUCGGAGGGUACAGGCUUACAAAUCCCAGGCAGGUUUGUUGAGCCCUGUCUUAGUGUGUGUGUGUGUGUGUGUGUAAAAUAUAUACAUAUAUAUCUCCAUUUACAAGGUAGGAGAUAAACACUUUUUCUAAGGUAAGUUAACAUCUCAUUGAAAAGUACAUAUCAAAUCGGCUUUGUUUUCCUGGCACUAUAGAAUCCCUUUAAGAAUUAAGGAAGCCAGUCUGCUUUUGGAAACCUUCAAUUCAACCAAAUUCUUUUGAACAACCAGAACUCUUCCAAGAGCUUGCUGCUCGGCCAUAUUGAGCAAUUGGAAAUAAGCGCAUUGGUAAGAUAGAUGACCAAGAAACCAGGAGUCACUCUUGGUCAGCUCCGAGGAUUUAAUGAGAUGGAAGACAUUUGCGGAAGGACAUCAGUCACUGUAACACUCCACUGAUCUUAGCCUUUAUGGCAGGCUUGCCAGAUGAGUCUCUCCUCACUGCAAGACACAUUUAAACCCACUUGGAUUUUGCAAAACAAAGCAUCUAAAGGACUUGAAAUACAAGAUUCUCUGGUCUGGUGAAAAGUAAUAUGAACUGUUUGACAUUAAUUCAAACUAUCAUGUCUGGUGGAAACUGCUCAUCACCUGCAUAGUACCAUUCUAGCAGUGACACAUGGUGGUGGUAGCAUCCUGUUUUGCAGUGUUUUUCAGCGGCAGGGACUGGGAGACUGGCCAGACCUUAGGAAAAGCAGAGUGCAGCAAAAUUCAGAGAUAUUCUAAGUAAACACUUGGUCCUGAGUGCUCAGGAACUCAAACUGAGAUAAAAAUUCACCUGCCAAAAAGGACACAGCCAAGACAAUGCAAGAGUGUCUUAGGGACAAGUCUGUGAAUGUACUUGAGUAGCCCAGCCAGACACUCACUUAAACCCAAUCGAUAUCUGAAAAUUGCUAUUCGCCAACUGUCCCUAUCCAACCCGAGAACUUGAAAGAAAGAGAAAUAAUGAGAGAAACGGCACGAAUCCAGGUGUUCAAACUUGUCACAUAAUACCCAAAAAGACUUGAGACUAAUUGCUGCUACAGGUGCUUCAACUAAGUACUGAGUUUAAGGGUCUGAAUACUUAUGUCAGUGAGAGAUUUCAUUUUUUCCUGUUUUUUAAUGGAUUUGCAUUGCUGUCAACAACCCACCCCUCUCCCCCUUGUCAUUAAGGGGGUAUAAUUAAGUGUGGAUUGACGUUAAAAGAAAAAAAUACAGCUGUUACAUUAAAAAAAAUAGUAUUUCAGAAUACUUUCUGAAUGCACUGUAUCUAUUUAUGUAUUUGUUCUGCAAUUGACUUCUGAAUUUUGUCCUACUUGGACAUGAUUAUUUUGCUCACCCCCUAAGCACAGUGAAAUUGGUGUCUCUAAUUUAGCAGUAGGCAUUUUCACAUUGUGAUCUCAGGUUACUGAGGUUAGUGUCAAACUGUUUGGAAAUGGUCCGAAUCCUUAGUAUGAGAAUGCCUGGGGACUUAUGGCACUGUAACCACUGCACUGUGUAGCUCUAUGACAACUUGUUCUGACUCCUAAAAAUAUAAAACCACCUUUGUACCUGUAAAUAAUGUAUACAUGAAAAUAGUAAUCUUUGCACUGUUCAUUUAGCAAGGCUAUUUUUUUUUUCUUUCCCUGUGUGUUUUUUAAUUUUCUUUCUGUGUACAUUGGUGUUUAAAUCAUUGCAUUUCUGUCUGUGCCAAUAUCUUAAUACAUUGUCUGCUAAUGUCUUGUAUAGAUGAUAUACUUAUUUAUAUUGAAGAAUCAAGCACCAGAUUGAAAUAUAUAUUUUCACAUAUUAUUUGUAGAUUUAAGCCACAGCAAAACAUUAUAUUUAUUUUAAUUAUUUCUGUAUUGAGAUAAAACCAAAGCAUCCAUUCCUUCCUCAUAUUUAAAGUGCAACCAUCCUUGGGCACUGUCACUGAAUUGUGUGUGUGUGUGUGUGUAUAUGUGUGUGUGUAUAUAUAUAUACACACACACAUAUACACACACACACACACACAAUUCAGUGACAGUGCCCAAGGAUGGUUGCACUUUAAAUAUGAGGAAGGAAUGGAUGCUUAUAUAUAUAUAUAUAUUCCACCUGGUUUUAUAUCUUGGUCUCUCAGGCACAUGUGGUCCUUCUGAAAUAAACAGAAGACCCCAAAGCUUUAGCAAAUUCAUUUGAAAAUGGUUUGCCUCCUUACCAUGGUAUGACGCCAUGGGAUUCUAGCAACACAACCACUAAUGCACCCUUUAAGAUUGGGUAGAAAACCACAAAUUGAGAGGCAGUGAAACAUCCAAGUUAAGCCACAUUUUCAAAAUUAAGCAAAUGGUGCCUACAGCUUGUUGUAGCAUGUUGAAAUUUGGAAUCUUCAGGCCCCCAGGAAGAGAUUAUUUAAUCUCAAAGGGGGAAAGGCGAAAUGCCUGCAAGUUCCAGCACUGCUCCUUGAUAAUGGCAGACUGAUCAUACUUGGAAAAAAAUACAAAAUAUCAAUAAAUACGAAGAGUAAAAUAAAAUUGCUUCUACUAGUGUUAAAUACACUAACCACUAAGUAUAUUCCAAAAACCAAUAUCUGGAAAACUGAUUUAUUUCGUGUGUGUGUGGUGUUAUAAACCUGGCUGGAGGAUUGCUUCCGGGGUUUUUAAUGCUAUAUAAAUAUGCACUGCUGCAAACAUUUAAUUUCUUUUAGCCACUUUUCUUUUUUGUCAAUCAAAUUUUAUUAGGAUUUAUCGAAGUGUUACAAGCAUAAGUAUUGUACAGCAAUGUGGAAGAAAAUAGUGCUUCACAAUUCCGUUCUUGUACAUUAUACAGCAUGUCGUGUUAAGGCUUGUUCUCAUGGGUUAUUUCAAUAGCGGCCCGCCUCAUUCAUGAGGCGGUGUGGUAUGUGAGAUAUGUUGUCUUUAGUUAGUGAGUUAGUGUUAUGAAAUCGUCUUUCUACGGUGUAUUCUCGCUUGGAGUGAGAGCCCCUGAAGUGAGUUGUUUCUGGGGUACCGUCUCUGGCUGUGCAGAGCUCCCCUCCCCUUCCCCCCAUCCUCUCUGUCUACGGUCAUGGUCGUCCGGGCCGUAUAGUGGGUGAUGUGUUGGUCAGUGGCUGAGCUUGGUAUGCUGUCGGUCUCUAUCGCACUCUGUCCCUCGGGUUCAACCCAGCAGGUGUAGGGUGCGUUGGUGCCUUGUGAGUAACCGUGAAGUGGUUGCCCCGGUUUGGGGGCCCUCUAAUACUGCAGCUAGGUCCCCUCUAGGCGUAUGUCCCCUUUAUCCAUUGUUGUCCUGUGGAAUAUCGUGGCUAUUGUGUAUGUGUUAAUCAUUGUGAGGCUUCCUUUGAUGGAUCUACUCUUCGUCUUGUCUCCCCAAGGUUUAGUAUCCUCCGUGUCGUAGUGCCUUGUGGUGCGAGUGUCUGGGUUUGUGCUGUCCCCAGCUCCCUUCCUCCGUGUUGGAUGGCGGCUUUCGCCGCGCCUUUGGUGUCAGGUGGCGUGUGGGGCUGGGGCAGUCUCCCAUUUGUGUGCUACUCCGUGUUACUGAGUUAGGGGAGUCGACGUAUCUCUGAAUUUACUCCCGUAGUUCUGUGUCUGGGCCGUCCGUGGUCCUAAGCGGGAGUUCGGCUUUCUUGGGUUAGGGUGUGUCAGUGGACCUGUCAGUCCGAGUUCUAGGGAGUGGUUCAGGUGUUGCCUUCCCUGUCGGGGGUAGUUCUUUAGGAUGGUCGUGUGGUCAGUCUAUACUAGGUCCCCCCCAGCCCCCCCGAGGCGAGCGCCGCCCCCCCCCCACGCGGUCUCGCCACCCCCGCUCUCUUGGUCACAUAGUCCAUCCAUGGGUACCAUGUCAGCGCACAUUUUUCCGCCCGUCCCUGCAGUGAAGCCGUCAUCCGUUCCAUGUUGUAGAUGUCUUCCACCCUAGCGAUCCACUGUUCUAGCGAGGGGGUCAGCGUGGUUUUCCAGUGUGUGGGGAUAAGCGUCUUAGCCGCCGUAAGCAGGUGUAUAGUGAGCCCUCUUUUGUAGGCUGUCAGUGGUGUGUGCGUAUGGUUGAGCAACAUCGGCAGGGGCUGUAGCGGAAGUUCAGUGCCUGUGAUAUCUACUAUUGUGCGGUUUAUCGUUCGCCAGUAGGGGGCUAUAAGGGGACAUGUCCACCAGAUGUGGUAUGCUGUGCCCCUUUCUGUUCCGCAUCUCCAGCAGUCGUCAGGGAUCGUGUCAUGAAUAUGUCCUAGGAUAUCCGGGGUCCUGUACCAAUGCGUUAGAAUUUUAUAGUUGCACUCCUGGUACUUUGAGCUUAUGUUUCCCUUAUGCGACAGUAGGAAGAUUUUGUUCCAUUCCACGUCCGUGAGCUCUGUCCCCGUCUCUAUUUCCCACCGCCUCGUGAAGCCCAAGGCGUCCUUUUCUCCGCUGUUCAUUAGGGCGGUAUACAGAGUUGACACGCCAUGUGUGAUGUGUUGCCGGGCCGUGCAUAGUUGUUCCAGAUACAAGAGGGGGCGGUGUACGUGAUCCUUCCCCUUGAUAGUGUUGUAGUAUGCUUUGAGCUGGUGGUAAUGAAACUCGUCUAGUCUGGUAGGUCUACAGUCUCGUACCAGUUCUGUCAAGGGUCUCAGGCUCCGGCCGCUGCACCAUUGGUGUAGAUAGACCCAAUCCGUCGCUUGAAAAUUUUUAAGGGCAGUAGGAGUUAGUCCAUCGGCUAACUGGGGGUUGUUGGUUAUGGGUGUGAGCGGGUUGGGAGAUGUGGUAAGCUGCUUGGUGUAUCUUAUUCCGCACCAGACCCCAAGGGUGGCGUCUAUCAUUGGGUUGCCUGUGCGUAUUUCUCUAAGCGUAGCCUCUCCCAACCAUAGCACGGCGGGGAUCUUCCCCUGUGCUUGUUGGAGCUCCAUGUCCACCCAUUGUUUAGCGUUGGGGUUGGCAUGCCAGUCCACCAGUCUAUGUAGGUGAGUUGCCUGGUAGUACAUGAGUACGGACGGGAGUCCCAUGCCUCCGUCACACUUUGGUCGCUCCAGAAUCGUUCUCCGAACCCUUGUGGGCUUUUUGUUCCAGACAAACUGUCUAAUGUCGGUCGUUAGCCUCUGGAAGAAGACUCUAGGAACAGUGGUAGGCAGUGUCUGAAAUAAGUAUAGAACGCGCGGCAUGAUGUUCAUUUUUAUAGCGCUUAUGCGGCCGAACCACGAUAUGUACUUGGACGUCCAUCGUUUUAAGUCUUGUUGUAACGAUGCAAGGAGAGGAGUGAAAUUCAGUUGGUAGAUCUGCGCGAGCUCUUUCGGCAGCCAGACACCGAGGUAUCGGAGCUUUGUUGUGCAGAUUUUGAAUGCGAAGUGUGUUUCAAAGUGCCUUGUCAGGGUCAGGUUUUGUGCCACCGGCAUUGCCUCUGAUUUUUCUAGGUUAAGUUUUAGAUUUGAGACUUUGCUGUAUUGUUUGAACGCCUCGAGCAAAUUCGGAGUCGAGAUUCUAGGUUGUUCCAGGAAGAAGAGCAUGUCGUCCGCGUAUGCCGCGACCCGGUGUUCCGUUCCGCCCAGGCGAGUCCCCGUUAUGCCCCCGUCCUGUCUGACCGCCUCCAGAAACGGUUCGAGAGUGAGGGCAAACAGAAGGGGUGACAGAGGGCAUCCCUGGCGGGUACCAUUGUGGAUGCUAAAUGGUUUUGUCAGUGCUCCAUUGACCCGAAUGCGCGCCGUUGGGACCGUGUAUAAUGCGGCCACCCAUGAUCGUAUGUGGGUGCCAAAGCCCAUGUGGCGUAGCGUCUCAGCGAGGAACGUCCAGUCCACUCUGUCAAACGCCUUUUCGGCAUCCGUCGACAGGAGCACUACCUCCCGUUUUCCAAUCUUGGCCGCGUGUAUGACAUUGAGGGCUCUGAUGGUGUUGUCCCUGGCCUCCCUCCCGGGUAUGAAGCCGACUUGGUCGAGGUGUAUCAAGUCGGGCAGGAGAUGUGAGAUCCGUAGUGCCAUUGCUUUUGCGAAUAUCUUCAGAUCCGCAUUUAGUAAGGAAAUUGGGCGGAAGCUGGCGCAGUUCGUGGGGUCUUUACCCUCUUUUGGGAGGACCGUGAUUGUGGCUCUCAAGGUGUCCGUAGGGAAGUGGCCAUCCGUUUGAAUUGAGUUGAGGCCCGUGAGAAGUCUCGGCAAUAGGAUGUCUCUGAAGGUGCGAUGGUAUGAUAGCGGUAGUCCGUCUGGGCCUGGUGCCCGGUGCGGCUUUGAGGCUUUCAUGGCGCCGGCCAGUUCUUCAAUCGUCAGAGGUUGGUCCAGCUCCGCAGCCUGUUCCGGGGUAAGUUUUCUGGCCACAUGAUUUUCUAGGUAUGUCCGGACUCGGUCCUUAUGACGCUGUUCUGCGGGGCCCUCCCGGGCUCGAGCUUGCGCGUAGAGUGUCGCAUAGUACUCUUGGAAGGCUUCGAGGAUGCCUUCUGGUAAGCGCGUGACUUCUCCCUCUCGCGUGUGUAUUUUAUGGAUGUGUUGUGCCCUCCUCUUGUCUUGUAGCAUUUUCGCCAGCAACCUGCCGCUCUUAUUGGAAUGUUCGUAGAAGAAUCUGGCUGAUUUUCUAGCUGUGUGUAGUUGUCCCUGUGAUAGUAUGUCUCUAAGUUCUCUGCGAGCGAUCGUGAGGUGUAGGUAUGUGCCUUCUUCCAGCGUGUGUUUAUGUUCGUAUUCUAGUUCGGCUAUGCGCUUCGUUAGCGUGAUGAGGCGUGCGGAUCGGUCUUUUUUGCGUCUAGUGCUCUCUGCGAUGAGACGGCCCCUGAUGACGCAUUUAUGCGCUUCCCAGAGUACCAGUGGGGAGGUCUCCGAAUUCUCGUUGUCAGCGAAAUAUUGGGUCAGGGCGUCGAUAACCAUAGCCUUAAGUGCGGGGUCAUCCAGCAGGGAUUCGUUGAGUUUCCAUUGUCUUUCUCGAGGUUUAAACAGUGGAGAACUGAUGUGCGCCACCACGGGCGCAUGGUCGGAAUAGUCCAGUAGUUCGAUGUCGGCUUUGUGCAGUAGGUUCAGAUAUUCUUGCGCUAGAAAUACAUAAUCAAUGCGGCUGUAGUGUGAGUGGACCGCUGAAUAGUGGGUGUAGUCACGGUCGUCUGGGUGGCUCACCCUCCAGCUGUCCACCAGCCCCUGCCUGUUCAGUACCCGCAUUAUUUUGCAUACGCAGUGCGCUGGUACCGCGCUCACACCUCUGGAGGUGUCCAGACGGGGGUCUAGCGGUACGUUCAAAUCUCCCGCCAUCACCAGCAUACCUUCCCUGAAGCUUUCCAGUUUAGCUAGUGUCCUGCUGAUGAAGGUGUGCUGCCGUCUGUUGGGGCUAUAUAUGGUAACGAAGGUAUACGUGUAGUCGGCUAUAGAGCCUUUGAUGAAAAGGUAGCGCCCAUUGGGGUCUGUCAUUGCCGCCUUGAGCUGGAACGGUACUGUAUGUGCAAACAAUAUCGCCACCCCUGCCUUUUUCGCGUCCGGGUGGUUCGCGUAGAACCCUAACGGGAAGCGACGGUUCUCUAAUUUGGGAGCCUCGUUGCCUCUGAAGUGCGUCUCCUGUACGAACGCCACCGACGCCCUCGCUGUCCAGAGCUUGCUGAGUAGGCGUGUGCGUUUCUCCGGCACAUUGAGACCCUGGACAUUAUUCGACCAGAGCGUUAGUGGGGCCGGCGCGAAACACUUUGUAGUUGCGGCCGCAGCGAGGGGGCUGCCCCGCCCCGGGGAGGGCAUGGAGGGGAAGGAGAGAGAGAGAGAGAGAGAGAGAAAUAUGUUGUCAGUGGUAUGUCCGGUGUGUGUCCGUCCGGUUGUCUGAGGGUUGGGUUCAGGGGAGAGUGUGGUGUGACUUUGUCCCGGUACCGGUUACGGUCGUCACAGGGUCAGAAAUAUGCCUGUAUCCCGCGACCCCGGUAUUAUAUACAGAAGGGUCUGUCACAGUGAGGUUCAGUGUAGCCACCGAGGGAGGUAAGUUAUCGGUUGUACUUGUGUCCAGUCUACGAACUCCCCUUAUGACUCCCAACCUGCGGGUGCUAUAUGCAUUGUGUUAAGUAGCAGGUCUUAGUUGUGGGGGUAUCUUGACGUCCGCCCUAUUGUACCUAUGUGCUGACCCAGUCCAUAUAGGGGUGUGAACAGGAGUUGGUACUUGUUGUGUGUCCGGCUGGACCCGCCCCUCCCCCCUCCUCGGCCCCUCCCAGUGUGUUCCCGCUCCUCGAGUUGGCUGAAGUGUUCGCCUCCGCCCCCUAGUUCCCCUGGCCUUCCUGUACACUACCCUGUGUGCUCCACCGGAGUACCCUCCCAGACAAGGCCUGCUUCUGGGGUGUCGAACUGGGUGUCCUUACCCUAGGGUGGGAUGGGUGACCUCAGGGUGCCCUAGCUCCAUACCCCAGGUCUCUGUCUCCCCGCCCCCUUCUCCCGUCGCCCCCUGGAUCCGCCUUUGCUGCCUUACCUAGUGUGUGUAGCAAUUGUGUGUUUGCUAGUAGCUUGCUAUGCUAUGUGUCUAUGAAACCACGUGUAAACUAAACAUGCUGUCAUUAACUUUGAACUGUUAGGCCUCUGCGGCGGCCCACGCCUUUCCUCUUCGCCUGCCUCCCUCUGUUGAUCGUUCAGCUUGGGUCGCCACUUACACCCCGACCUGCCCCCGCCCCUUCCCUCCCGCAAAGCCCCUCAUGCCUGUAAGAUACCCGUGAAAUUGGGGCAGUGUUCAAGUUCGUAUUCAGCUGCGGCCCUCUUUGCAUCCCGGCCCUCCCGGCGGGCCUGAUCCCAGACCCCUGCAUGCGUGCCCUGUGUCUCGUGCCCCACCCCACCUCAAGGGGACCCCGGGUAAAAAGCCAGUGGACCCCUCUAUCGGUUGGUCUCCCCCUCCCCACUGCGCUUCUCCGUGCAGGCUCCGUCCCUCCCAACCUGUGGGGAUCCCCUGGUGGCUUUUCCCUUAGGCUGAGGGGUGAGAGACUAAAUUAACCGGGCUCCCGAGUCAGUACAUACCCGCCUGGUUACGGCUGGAGACCUUUAGAGGGCGAGGUGAGUGCUGCCGGCUUACAUGUGUGCGCUGGUGCAGCUGGGGUACCAGGGCGGGCAUCUUGUGCGGGGGUGGCUCCUUAGCUGGUACUAUUCUUCGGGGCCCUCGGGGCCUCCUCGUCGCCGUGGAGUCCCUGGGCGCGGGCGGAGGUUGUGCGCUGCGUCUGACGGUCCAGUUGAUCGGGCCGGAGGGUUAUCUAGGAUCCAGUUUGGGACCGGUACUUCAGGUAAGCCGGCCGUCCGGAGGAAGCGGGGAACGUCGUUGGGCCAACGAAUAACAUGCCAAAUGUUCCCGAUUUUGGCCUGGAGGCUAAAAGGGAACCCCCAUUUGUAGAUUAUUCUCCUUUCUUGCAGGAGGCGCGUUACUGGCCUCAGGGCCCGUCGGGCGUCCAGCGUGAUAAUGGAUAGGUCCUGGAAGAGGGAGAUCUCGGCAUCCAUGUAGGUGACAUGUGGCCGUGCCCUGGCGGAUCUCAUAAGGGCCUCCUUCAGUUGGAAUGACACCAGGGAGCAGACUAUGUCUCUGGGUUGACCGUCUCUCCUGGGGGCCCUCAGGGCUCGAUGUGCCCUUUCUAUGCCGAAUUCUUGUGGGGCCAGGUCCCCCAGGAGGUGCGUAAAUAGGCCCGUGAGGAUCUCCUGCAGGUUUUCCCCCUCCGCCUCUGGCAGGCCCCGGAUUCUGAUGUUGUUCCGGCGGCCUCUAUUGUCCAGCUCCUCAAUUUGCCGGCGUAGGUCCAGGAGAAUGUUGCCCUGCCUCGUGGUGGCCAGGUCCGCGGCCUGCUGAUGCUGUGCGGCCUGCAAUUGCGUUUCUUCCAGGGUAUCCACCCUCUGUUCCAAUGCAGCGAGGUCGUUGCGGACUGCUGCCACUUCUUCCCUUAUGAUUGCGCGCAGCUCAGCCACCAUUUCAGUUUUGUCUCUGCGAGUCAGCAUGCUUGCGGAGAUCGCAGCCAGGUCGGCCGAUAUCUGUGAUAGGGUGCCUACUGCGGGCGAGUCCUGUGCCGAUCCCAUCACACUCGAGCCUGGGGAGGAGGGAGUCUGCAUGCUCGGGUCCCCGGAGCCCCGGAGGUCGGGCGGCACUGACAGGAAUUCGUCCAUCGGGCCCGGCGUCUGCCGCGCCGGGGUCGCUCCGGGUGGUCCUGCGGCAGUUAGUCGCUUGUUUUUCCCCAUUUGUGCAGUUUUGUAGAAAAAUAUGGCUUGUGUAUUUGGGCUUAGCAGGUUGGGGCCUAGGAGCUCGAGUUAGGUGCGUCUUACUCCAUUGGUAGUCAGGCCACGCCCCCCCACUUUUCUUUUUUAUUGUCCGUAUUAAAUAUAUUAUAUAAAUAUAUUUUUGUCAAUAUACUGAUUAAUUUUUGUUUUAUUAUUUUUUUUUUUUAAUACAUAAUUCUGUAUUUGCUUGUUUUUUCAAGGCCUCUAUUCCACCUCAAACUGCUUUAGUUUGCCAAGCAGCAUUAAAUAUCUAAUUAGUAUUCAAAUUAAGGAUGUUUGUUAGAAAGAAAUCUGCAUGAUUAUAAUUUAUGUAAGUGUGCCAAUUAAUUAUGAUACAGUGGAAUGCUAAAUUUAUAAAUGCCAAUAUUAUUAACUACCAAAUGUCCAUAUUGCAUUCAGUGUCCCCUGCUGUUCAUUUUACUAAAUUCCUGCACUUGUAGCCAGAGCUGAAUUUGUAUUUUUUGUAUUGAAGUCUGUGGAUGUCACAUUUAUUCGUUCCUAAAUGUAAAAAUGCUUUUUUUUUUUUUUCUCAUAUACUUGCAUUCAGUUCAGUUUACCCAUAUUUCCCUUCGCCAGUGAUAAACUGACUUGUCCACAAACAAUGCAGUGCUAAAGUUAGGUUAAGGUUGUAUGUGAAACGCCUAUAAAACAUUUGCAGGGCAAGCCUGUACAUACACUGUAAGUGAUGUCUCAUAAGUAUAACUUAAAGAGGAAGCUAAGUCAGGGGAUAGUUUUAAAGUGCUGAAUAUUUUAAAAUAUGUUAAGAGAACAGGUAUGAGCCGGACAUGGGUUUCUUGCACCAUAACCGCUACUAAAAAUCUUAAGUGACUGUGAUCUGUGCUUCUCACUGCUACUGUAACAUGCUGACAUGGUUGAUAGCAUUGAUAAAGAUCAAUUAGUGGUCAGUUGGACUUAAAGGAGCACUAUAGGGUCAGGAACACAAACAUACUUCUGACCCUAUAGUAUUAAAACCAACAUUCAACCCCCCCCCCCAACCACCACUCCCCUUUAGGCAGUGUUAGAACAUGUCUUAUUUGCAACUCUCCAUAGGUCUGCAGGUGCUGACUCCACCCCAAUCCACCUCUUUGGCUGACAUCAUUCACAGGGAAAGCAUUAGUUUGGCUGAGAUUGGCUAGGGCUUUUUGGUCCCACCCCCGUGACAAUCAUCUUCUCCUCAUAGAGGUGCAUUGAAUCAAUGUAUUUGUGGGGAAAGUUCAGCUGCUGAACGUCAGCAGCACUGCCCCAGGAAGUACCUCUAGUAGCCAUCUGAGGAGUGGCCAGUGAAGGUAUCCCUAGGCUGUAAUGUAAACACUGCAUUUUCUCUGAAAAGACAGUGUUUACAUUAAAAAUACUGAAGGGACUGAUUAUACCGACCAGAACAAAUACAAUAAACUGUAACUAUUCUGGUGACAAUCGUGUCCCUUUAAGUCUAUUGCUGAGAUAAAUAUGCAAUAAGUGUGAAAGUCCCUGUGUGAGGGAUUUUAUUCAUUUCCUGUUUCUCCUGCAAUCUGUGCAGCAUUCUCUAUUGAUUUACAUUAUUUGAUCACCACACUUGGCAAAUAGAACAGUUAUGUUACAGCUAUUAAGAAGUUAGCUUUUUUUUUCUACCCUUAGUUAAGCAAAAAAAAACUUGAAAUGGUAAUUGUGUAACUUGUGUCUGUUUUUAUAUUCGGACACUUGUAACAGAACUUGAAUAGCUACAUGAAAGAGAUAUAUAUUUUUUGUUUGUUUCUUUCUUUUUGGAGGAGCAGUUUCUUCUUAGGGGCGGGAAUGGAGACUAGUCCCACUUUAGACAACCAAACACACCCUAAGCAGUUUCCUUCGUUUGCACUUUUGUUAAAUCUUGCUAUUCUGGGCCCUGUAAUCAUAACCACAUGGUUUUUCUGUACUUAUUUCUUUUUUUCUUUCUUCAGGAGGAAGUGUUUAGCAUUAAGAACUGCACUAGAUUUUACAUUACUUGCUGUGAUUUAACCAUCUCUUUCUUGACCAUUUUAAUCAGAUCAUUUUAUUAUAAGGCAUGUUCCAGUCACCAAAGGUGCAAGAAUAUUGCUCAUAGAGCAUCAUAAAAAACCCCCAGAAGGAAUUGUUUCAUCUUGACAUUCAGACGUCUAAUUAUGUUAAUCAAAUACAUCUAGUUCAACUGUACGAUUCUUAAAAGCUGUAACUGAGGAGGUUUCUUAUUACCAGAGAGAGAAUGUGAUGUUUAAUCACUAGAGUCAAUUGCUUUAUUUGUAGAAGAAAUUGAUAUUGUUCUUUGCUCUGGAAAAUGACUUUGACACACUCCUUCUAGUAUGACUUGAAAUGAAAUGGUGAUGCUAACUAGUACUGGUACAAAGCCUGGAAAAUUCAACAGUGUAAACUAUCCUCUUCUUUUCCUUUUUUUUUAUCUUUGGAUAAAGUACCGCAGCCUCAUCUCUCAAUUAAUGUUUACCGGUUAUGGUACAUACAAAAUUAUUUUUAAGUGAUAGAGCAAUAGAAUUUCUGCAUACCCAAUAGCUAAUUAAAAUCUAGCUGUGGAUUUAUUGUUGUUGUCCCUUAAAGCCCAGCACUGAUUAAAAUGCCUUGGGGCUCUGAGGGGUCUCUCAAUCACUAGAUCCAGUAACGGAAUCUCUGUGCAGUGUUUUCUGUGGAUUGCAAGGGCUAUAUGCAGUUCUGACUUUCAGCACUGCAUGCAGCUCAUCAAAAAGUCUACGGCCACUAAAAUAGCCCCAGGUAUCUGAUACCUGGGCUUCCUGGAGUGAGCAGGAAUCUAACCUUGCUCAUACUGCAUUGCUGUCUAUGGGGAUUUAAAUUCCAUUUGAAAGAGCUGCAUGCAGCUCUUUAUCAAUCUAAUUUCCGCAUGCAGGUUACUUAUCAGUCUGUGGUCACUAAAAAUGCAUCCAGCUGACAGGGGGGAGUACCAGGUACAACAAUGGGAUUAAAGUCACAAUUUAAUUUCCUGAUUGCUGUGUUCACUUUGAGCUCUGGAGACAGAGCAUAGGUUUUUCUUUGGUCACUAAUUCUUUCCCCAGGGAUACCUGGGGUUCCUUGGUAUCAGUAGGGAUUUAACCCCAGUUUGUAUUUUACUGCUUUACGGUCUAUGCCAUCACUGGUCAUUAAAGCCCUGCACUGCAUGACGGCAUAGACUGUCUUGUGGCCCAUAAGUGGUUAAAUUGUUUAUUAUUAUUAUUAUUGGCAUUUAUAUAGUGCCAACGUAUUCUGCAGCACUUUGCAAAUAUCCAGAGGAAAUUUGACAGUAAAUGAGACCAUUACAAAAUGUUGCAGGAAAAGUAGAUUGAGGACCCUGCUCAAAUGAGCUUAAAAUCUGGAGUGCAAGCAGUAGUAGUCUGUUUUAGGAGCCAUGGCUGUUGCAAAGUUGGCAUUAUCUUUACAUAAUUCUUCUGAAGUUUUGUGAUUCUUGGGUGCAAACCACUGACCACUCGAGUAGGUUUUUUUUUUUUUUUGUGUGUGUUCCUUUGUUGCUAUGUUCAUUAUAUGCUGUGAAAUGCUAACAAAUGCAAAACCCAUCAAGGCUUUGUUUCUGUCCUGUUGCCGUGUGUAUAUACAUAGUUAUAGCAUUUCUGUUCUGCCUAGCAACUGUCAAAUGAGAGGUGAGCUGAAUGGACUGCCAUGCAAUGAGCAUUCCAUAAAAUUCUCACAUUUGAUGUAAAUUCAGCAGUCUGCUAAUAUUGUUUUCGCUAGUAAAGGGAUAAAUCGGCAACCCAAUCUACGCGUCGGUGACAAAAAUUUACUUCUACUGACACAACAUAAGAUUGCGGCCCCUUCCUAAAGCCAUGGACUUUGGCAGGGCAAUACGGUACACACAAUCCCUAAAUAAAGCAGAUCCGGAAACAAUAUCCAAUUUACCUUUUUACCUCUAUUUUUCCCCCCCUUUAUUUGGAUUUCAUUUGAGAACAAAAAUGAAUUUUCUGAAUAACUUUUCCAUCCCCAUAGUUAGUUUGUUUGGCUGUGUGUAGAGGUUGAAGUGUGUGUGUGUUGGUUAUGUAUAGUGGUUGUAGUGUAUGCAUGUGGUGCAUGCUGGGCAUCUGCAGUGUGUGGAUCUCCAUUUUUUUUUGUUGUCAACCCCUUGUUACUUAGUAGGUGGGAGAGGGCUGUAUUGUUCCAUGUGGUCCAUUGGAGGAGCGUGUAGUCUGCACCACCCCUUUAUUCCCCGAGUCAGAGUACAACUGCCAGGCUUUCCAGGCUGUGUUCAUAGCGAUCCAUGAUCUCAGCAAAUACAAUGCUUUCCAAUUGGAAAUCAUUGAGAGGCUAGUGUCUCUGAAACCAUCUGAUUUAAAAUAGCAGGGUUUUACUUGGCUGUUUAUGCAGAAGAGCCUCUCGUUGCUGUCAGCAUGAUAGACUAGAAGCAUUGAAACACUACACUAUGAAUAUUUCCGUUCCUGUAGGAUGGCAAUGUUUGCAGUUCCAAAGUUAAAAACUAGAGGGACAUGUCAUCCAGACCACUUCAUUGAGAUGAAGUGGCCUGGGUGCCUAUAAUUUCCCUGGAAAGCCUGAAGUUAAGCUAAUAAAGAUUUAGGCACACAUACUUUGGUAAUACGUUUCCAACUUUUGGUAAAUUUACCAAAAAAGUGUGUGUUCACUAUUUUUUGUAAAUUACAUAUUUGAUUAAAUGAAAUCUUUAUGGUUUUUACAUAAAUCGACAUUUGUAAGCAUAAAACAUCUUAAUUUACCUGCUCAAGUCCAACAUUAUAGCGUGGCCUUUUACUCCUAUCUGCUUUUUUACUGUUUGCUUUGGCCAAAUAUUUGUUGUCAGAUUAUGCUAAACUAAUUGGAGCAAAAAUGUUCACCUUGAAUGUCAUACAUUUUUCUUUGAUAUUGCUUUUUUUCUCUGAAAGUUCCGAAAGGCAAAAAGGUGGGGACCCUUUUCACUUACUGAAAACACAAUAAUCUCUUAAUAAUCUUAUUCAAAAAAGUAUGUGCUGCUUACUGGCUGUAAUCUUGAAUAAACAUUUUUUGAAAUAAUUAUACAAGUAGAAAGGUGUGAGAUGUCUUGAUUGCUAUAGGGGCCAUGUUUUCACAUCAGAAGUAUGAGGAGCUGUUUUAUUAUUUUUUUUUAAUUCCUCCAUUAAUUUACAUUUAAAGUAAAACCAGAAAAUAGUACAAAACAAAGCUAUGAAUGUCCGUUUCUAGCUGGCUAUAUUGUAUAUCAGUUUCUUUGUGUGUUGCUUGGAAUGUUUUGGUACUCAUUUGUUAUGAUUCACAUUUAUAUUGCGUCAAUUUACAUUUUAGAGUAUUUACAGUUAUUGAAAAUGGCUAUUUAGGUUUCAAGAAAGCCCUGUUCAAACGACCUUACAAUCUAUGACUAUCUAAACCGACAUUACCACUGCUUAAAGGACCACUAUAAUGCUUUCCUGGCACUAUAGUGCCCUGAGGGUGCCCCCUCCCGCCCGGCUCUGGAAGGGGGAAAGAGGUUAAAACUUACCUUUUUCCAGCGCUGGGCGGGGAGCUCUCCUCCUCCGAUCCUCCUUCUCUCCUCCCCGUCGGCUGAAUAAUGCGCACGCGCGGCAAGAGCUGCGCGCGCAUUCAGCCGGUCACAUAGGAAAGCAUUAUAAUGCUUUCCUAUGGAUGCUGGCGUGCUCUCACUGUGAAAAUCACAGUGAGAAGCACGCAAGCUCUAGUGGCUGUCAAUGAGACAGCCACUAGAGGAAAUAGGGGAAGGCUUAACCCAUUCACAAACAUAGCAGUUUCUCUGAAACUGCUAUGUUUGUGAAAAAAUGGGUUAACCCUAGAAGGACCUGGCACCCAGACCACUUCAUUAAGCUGACGUGGUCUGGGUGCCUAGAGUGGUCCUUUAAACCAGCCAAUAUACAUGUGAAUCUGUAAUUUGAUUAAAACAAUCCUAAAUAAAGUUUUGUUUUGUUUUUUGUCCAGGUCUGCAUUAGACAAGCGUUGCUGACAUUAACAACAAAAAUAGCAGCCAUGCAGACAAUUAAGUGUGUGGUCGUUGGUGAUGGUGCUGUAGGUAAAACGUGUCUCUUAAUAUCCUACACGACAAAUAAAUUUCCUUCGGAAUACGUACCAACGGUAAGUGUCAAAGUCUGCAUGUGGGUUACUGUGUCAAAGUAUUGUGGGUUCAUUUCAAAAGGUAAUUUCAAGUGUCCAAGGCAUGUUGCUUCACUGAUUACAAUGACACUCGGUUUCAUUUCAGUGGGUAUGCUGUCUCAACUUACUAAGGAUAUAAGAAAGUCGCAAAUGGUUCAAGAAGGCAGUACUAAUGGUCCACUUGAACAAAGCUGUUACAGUAAUUUUGGGAAAACAAUGGAUUUUGCAAUCACUGUUACUGGAGAAUUUAGAAUAAGGGCUCUGAGCAAGAAGCCUGUUGAGGCAAAAUGUAGAGAAGAAUCACACAUAGUACAAUGCAAGAUUUAAUUAAGAGAUACAUUGCCAUGGGCAGGGUAAUCCAUGCGCAAAUAAAGUUUGGAAGGGGAGGAUUCAGAACCCCUAUUAGAACUAGAGGGAAGAGAAUGGGGUGGUGUGGUCUGGUCACCCACUUCCUUCCACAACCAAACUUUCAGGAGUAAGCAAUUUAAACAAACUGAGGUCUACAGAACCAGUUGGUAAGUGGUUCUGUAGACAUCAGUUUGUUUAAUUUGCUUACUCCUGAAAGUUUGGUUGUGGAAGGAAGUGGGUGACCAUACCACCCCAUCCUCUUCCCUCUAGUUCUAAUAGGGGUUCUGAAUCCUCCCCUUCCAAACUUUUUAUUUGUGCAUGGAUUACCCUGCCCAUGGCAAUGUAUCUCUUAAUUAAAUCUUGCAUUGUACUAUGUGUGAUUCUUAAGGGGUCAUUCCUCUUUAAAUGUGUGUUUAAUAAUUAGCAUGCUUAUUGUGCUGGUGUGCUACAUGCUCAUUGAAAGACAUUGCAUUCCUAAGCAUCUCAAGGAAAAUUGUGAUCUGUGAACAUAAAGUGCCAACCUCCAAUUGAACCUUUAAUUUUAACAUGUUGAAUGUCCCUCUUAAAGUCGCAGUUAAGGCCCAUUGCGAGUAAGCCAUGCAUAAUAUUAGGGCAGCUGUAAUAGAGUAGUGUCCUUGUCAGUAUGUCUGCAAACUCUCACCUUCUAAAACUUCAUUUAAAUGCUUGUCUGUGAUAGCUCACUUUUUUACUGAGACAGUAAGUUUCUAGUCUUCAGAGUAAAUAUUAAAGUUGGCUUUUUCAGGAUGUUAGGGAAGUCCAAUAUCAUCUUCACAAUAUGUAUGCUGACACCCAGAUAGAUCUCUCCUCCCCGGACCUCUUCACUGCUGUCCUGCAACGUGUCACUGCUUGCCUGUCUGCCAUCUCUGACUGACUGGAUGUCCUCCCUGCUUUCUGAAACUCAAUCUCUCUAAAACUGAGCUCCUUGUCUUUCUUCCUCCUAAUACUGAUCCUCCUCUUUCGCUCUCCCUUCAAAUUACUGGUAUCCACAUAAGUCCAUCUUUGCAAGCGUGCUGUCUUGGCGUCAUACUUGAUUCUGGCCUCACCUUUAAGCCUCACAUCCAGUAUGUUGCCAAAUCCUGUAGAUUCCAUCUUAAAAACAUAGCCCGCAUCUGCCCAUUUCUUAAGCAAGAUACUACCAAGGAGCUUGUCCAUGCUCUAGUAAUUUCCCACAUGGAUUAUUGUAACCCUCUCCUAAAUUGUAAUAAAUGUUGCCGCCAGACUUAUUUUCCUCUCUAGUCAGUUCACUCACACCUCAACCCUCUGUCAGUCCUUACAUUGGCUUCCUGUUUCCUAUAGGAGUCAAUUCAAAAUGCUAACCCUAUACCUAUAAAGCACUGAACAAUUCUUGCCCCUCUUAUAUCGCUUCACAGAUCUAUAGUUAGGCCCCUUCUUUGUCUCUCCGCUCUGCCCACCUCUUGUCCACAACUCGCACCUGUACGGCCAACUCAUGCUUACAGGACUUCUCGCAGGCGGCUCCCUGCCUAUGGAAUAGCCUGCCUACCGCCAUUCGAUUCUCCCCUAGUCUUCAAUCGUUUUGAGAAGUGCCUUUAAACCUCUCUCUUUAAGAAAGCUUAUGGCCUCCCAGAGUAACCUCUACCUUACAUUACCUGUCUUUUGCUUUCUCCUAAAGGGCAGCACUCUACUCUGUCCUAGUCUUAUUUAUAUUAUUUGUAAGCUUUUAACUGUAAUCUCUCUUACAGGUAUUCGAUAACUAUGCCGUAACAGUUAUGAUCGGUGGAGAACCAUAUACCUUAGGAUUAUUUGAUACUGCAGGUAUGUGUAUAUCAACCAGUUCACGUCAGAGUUUUGGAUGCUCAUGAUAAAUAAAACUCAACACUUGAAUCCCUUUUGACCUCAUGCUAGUUUUGGAUUUUCAUUUUAAAUUUUCGUCAACAAUUAUUUAUUUUAAUGUUGGGUUUAAGGGGACCUGCAUAACUUGACAAUUGGUUUUAAAACCGCAAGCCAACACUUUUAAAUAAACACACAAAUCGAAAUAAAGCAAGAAAAACGUUGAAAACUAUGUAAUGUUCGUAAACUUUGUCAAAUUGCAUUAUUGGGAACUCCUCUCAGCUAGGGAAGUUUCUUCGCGCCUUACUCCUUUAGCGGAGCUCCCUGUACCCAGUCUGGGUACCUUCACCCAGAAUCGCUUCCUAGCUGGAACCGGGGGAAAACGGCAGCUCUUUUGUCCCAGUCUCCGUGGCUUGACUGGGGUCUUUCCGUAGAUUUUCCACCCGAACAGGCUACAGCUCUCCUUCCAGGCAGGUAUCAUCCACUCUGCUUAUUCCGCUGCAGCCUUAUUCCAGGCAGGUAUCAUCCCCUCUGCCUAUUCUGUCGCAGUCUUUCUUUCAGGUAGGUAUCCACCUCACACCUAGCUAUCUUGAUUUAUCCCAGGGCUAGAGGGAUCGUGCAGCCAGCUAACCAGUACAACUCCUCUGUGGCUGGGGUCCCUAAAAAUCCACACAGGACACUGUUCCAAAUGGAACUAACAUACAAAACUUUUUUUCUUGGGACUGGCCCAAAUGCUCAUUACAUGUAACUUAUGGUGACAAUUCAAUAAAAAUACUAAUAGUCAAAACAUAUCAGAAAGCAUACAGGGGAUUAUAAUAACACAUCUACAAAGGGGUGGGAAAGUCAAUAACCAACACAAAAUAUCACUCCUACCUGUAGAAUUAGCAAUAUGCAAAUCUACUUGAAUAUGCAAAUUAACCAUCUUUGAUAUUCAGGUAGUGCAUAUUGCUGUUGCUACCAACAGAGGGCACUUUACAGGCUCCAUAGCCAAAUCCACUAGUUGGUAACAAGCAUCAGCAGGACAGGAGAGCACACAAAACAAUUAACAAUAUACAAACACAUUGUAAACACCCUGCACCUAUAAUAAAUACAGGGUGACUUAGGAUUUAGGAACAUUUGUCAAGUGUAAUUCUGCUCCCAGUGGUGGUCACAACUACCCUCUCUUCUCACUCUGUCAGGAUGUUACAAGGUGAAGAAAUCUUCCAACUGCACAAGUGAAAACUUGUCAGGCAAGCUAAUGCACUUUCCCAGCAUUCCUAUGGGUAGGACACUGGUUAGAUCAGUGUACUCCCUGGAGUGAGUGUGGAAAGCAUAAGAAACAUGAAGCAGUUAAACAUGGAAACAGAACAUCAUAUUUACCUCCUUUUUUAAGUCUUCAGAGUGAGCCAAUUGAAUGAGACAGAAACCAGAAAUGCGAGAACAGACAAAAGUUUAGAUGAACUCUGUAGGUUGUCCUUUGGUAAAUCAACACUCUGUUCCCAAAAUAGUUUUUGCUCACUUGUGCCAUUACAGAAAGGACCAUUUCCAAGGCAUAUCAGACUGAUCCGCCCAUAAGAGCAGUCCAGAACUGAAAUGCCGGCAAGAUCCCUGCACAAGAGAUACAGCAAUCCCGGACGAUCGUUUUGGCCUUUUUUGGGCUUAGUCAUCAAGGUGUAGUCGAAACCCCUCUAGGCACAGGGUCCACGUCUGGAUUACCCUUUCGAACUUGAUGAGAGCACAGUUAAUGCAUUACAACAAAGAGCGGGAAUGUGAGAACUCUGAGAACAGACAAAAGCUUGGAGGAGCUCAGUUGCUUGCUCUUUGAUAAAUUUAAGGUCUCAACAUUUUUUUAAAGUUUCUGCACACUUGUGUCAUUACCGUUGUCUCAAAGUGAUGCAUGUCUCUUAAAGACAUUUAUUCUUGGCAUAUGAUGGCACAGUACCCAUGGGGAUGUGCUUCCUUAUGCUGGCCAAUUAAUCCUGUACUAAACUUAAAACAAUUAUCCCCUCCUACUCAUGCCUUUAAAUGCCGCUUGAAGAGGAGCAGUGCAAUAAAGAUGAUGGUACCUGCGUGGGGCAGGCAAGUAAGUCAUUUCACCCUUACCUGCCCCCCGCAGCCACCUGACAACAAGCAAAGUCCCCCGACGUUGACAGUGCCGCUUUAAGAAAGGGGGGGGCGGGGGAGGAGGAGUGUCUUAUUUUUUGAUGUGUGAGAUAAUGCAAGGUAUAUCACAGGAUUUGUAUCAGAUAUGCUUUCAGAUUUGCAGAGUACAGAUCACUUUUUAGUUGUUUGUUCUAACUCGAUCUGACCCAUUUUAUUUCCAUGUCUACUUAACUAUAUAUUUCUAUUCAUAUUUUUGUCCACAGGGCAGGAAGAUUAUGAUAGAUUACGACCUCUUAGCUAUCCACAGACAGAUGUGUUUCUUGUCUGUUUCUCCGUGGUCUCUCCAUCUUCAUUUGAAAAUGUGAAAGAAAAGGUAUAAUUUUUGGAUAAGAACUUCCAGUGCAUGUUGAGAUCUGUAAGAGCAUUAAGGAUGUAGUAUAUAACAUCUGUGAGUGCUGAAUGUUGCCUACACCUGAAAAAUAUUUUUAUCACAUCACACCAGUCUUAUUACACUCCACCCUUAUUAAUUCUUACUCCAUUUUUUCUUACAUGUUUCUUACCCAUUUUACUUAACUUUACUUUUCAUUCUCAUUUCUCAUUUCCCGUAUUAUCUCCGAUCUCCGAUCUCUGCAUUUUACCUCAUCUCCUCCUGUCCUUGCACCCUAACCUUUAUACGCCCUUGCAAGGCUAUUGAAGAACAAUUGUUCUUUGUUUUGCAUUUACGUUAUGUGUUUAGAAGCAUUACAAGGUGUAAUGAUCAUCUUUUAAUGGAGAUCAUAGUCAGAUAAAAUAACGCAUCUGUUAUAAUCUUACAUUAUUGUUGGAUUGUUGAGCAUAGGUUAUUGCAGUUCAGUAGCCGCAAUUUUAGCAGUUACACCAGAUGCACCAUUUGUGUCAAAGGGACACUAUGCAACAGAAUCACUAUAGCUAAAUGUAGUGAUUUUGAUGCAAAUAGACUCUCCUGGCAGUCUCAGCAAUGCCAACAUUGCCUUUUCAGUGAAAAGGUGGUGUUUACAUUUGUUUCUAGGGGCACCUCUAGUGACUGUCACAGACUGCCAGUAAAGGUGCUUCUUGACGCAUUCCUGCAAUCUUUGCAGAAUGAUGAUCAGUUUCUUCACGCUCUGCAUGAAGACACAAACGCCUCCCACAAAAAUGCAUUGAGCCAGUGCAUCUCAAUUAGGAGAUUGAUUGGCCCAGCACAGGGAUUGGUACACAUGCGCUCUAUCCUCCAAUGCAUAGGGAGGCAUUGGUCUGACUAAGUUAAUGUUAUGAUCUCAGCCAGGGGUGGAGUGGCGACCAUGGUAAAAUCAGCAUGGUGGGUGAUAGAAGGGGAGUUUUAAUGCUCUUAUCUAUAUAAUAAAACACUCUAACAUUAAGAAUACAUGUUUGCAUUUCUAAUGUUAGUAUUCCAUUAAGCAUGCCUGUCCCCCGAGAAAUUGACAUUAAUUAUACAGAACAACUUUUUAUUAAAAAGGACUUAUAUUGCUGCACUAUAUUGCAAAAUAACAACGUAUAAAUAAAUGCAUUUGUGUAUACCAGGUAGAAAGUUAUUGGUUCUAAUGUGUCUGUUAGGUUUCAGAUCUGUUUUAGAUCAAUAUUUUAAAUAAACUUUUUAGUCCUAGAGACUUUUCUUGUUACCUGUUAAACGUUUUAAUAAAUAAAAAUAGCAAUUCUGAUAAUUAUUACGUGAAUGGCUAUGACAAGGCAUUUGGAAAAGGCUGAGGGCUGAAAUAUAUAUGGUCAUUUGCUUGUCAGGUGAACUUAGUAGUCAACUGAAAUAACUAAUUUCCUAUGUUGGUAAUAUUUUAAUGGUAUUCGUUUUAAAUGCUCGUGACAACAUUUUGGCAUGCGUGUCUUGCAGUGGGUACCAGAAAUUACUCACCACUGUCCCAAGACUCCUUUCUUGCUUGUUGGGACCCAGAUUGACUUAAGAGAUGACCCUUCAACAAUCGAGAAACUUGCAAAAAACAAACAGAAGCCAAUCACUCCAGAAACAGCAGAGAAACUUGCUAGAGACUUGAAGGCAGUAAAAUAUGUGGAGUGUUCUGCCCUCACACAGGUGAGUAAAUGAUCUUUGCUUACACACGGCUUAACGAUCCCUUUGUAGGGAAAUAUAUUGAUAUUUACAGAUUGCUUGGACACAGAUUACUUCAUUGGUUAAUGUUGGGAUGUAAUGUUAUAUUCCUUUCAGAUUUUCCUGUAAAUCAGAAUAUAUCUGGAAUUCUUACAGAAAAUUCCGAACUAGAACAUCAUUUAUUUUUUCAUCCUAGACAUCACCUUUUCUUAUAAAGCUGUUUUUGUUUCUUUUCACAUACUUUGAAAGGGAGCACUCCUUAUCUCUUCAUAAUUUAGGGCACAUUUGUUUAUUACAUUUUUUUUUUUUUGUCAUGAGAUAUUUUAAAAGGAAUCUGCCAUACACGACAAGCACAAGUCUUACUUUAUAGAGCUGCUCUUUCAAACAGCUGUGUGUGUAUAUGACAGUCACCAGAAAAUGUAUUUUUAUUAUACAAAUUCUUGCAGUAUGUAAACUUUUUUUUUUUUUUGUGGUUAUGUUAAAGGAACACUAUGGCAUUGGAAAACAAAAUUGUAUUCUUAACGCUAUAGAGUCCCUCAGCCAUAAAGCUGUUGUGCGUGUCCUGUGUGGCACUUUCAGUUUCACUUGUUCAAUAGUGUAAGAUAGUGUUUACUGUAAUUGACAUAUUUCCAUUAUUGUCAUCCUUACAUGAUUUAACACAUUAAAACUACUGGGAAUGUGUAAAUCGGAAAGCUGUCUCUUACACAUAAUUGAAACAAAUAAAACUGAAAGCAAGACCGAACAGGCAAUUUCUGAAAAUGGCAAUCACAAAUGAUCAGAGCUAUUUAACAGCAAGAGAUCAAACAAGCAGGCAGUCGUUAUAAGCUGGGUAUAUGUUUUUACAUAUACUUGAUUUAAAAACGUCGUCAUUUCAUUACACGCUACAAGGAUUCUUAUAGUAAAAAUCCAUAUUCUGGUGACCGUUGUCCUUUAAGUAUAUGUAUCUGCCUGUUCCACGUCACUGGAACACUGCUAAGAUGGCCUUCUGAAAUCAAAGCAAGCAGCUGUCCCUAAAUGAAAUGUGUGCCUUCGUCAUUAAGGAACAGAUGGGUGAGCAGACAUGAACUUACAUUUCUGGUGGCCAUUUUUAAGAAUACAUACAUGACCAGGUAGGUAUUUCUUUUAUUUUAUUACAUGUAGGUUAAAAUAUCUUUAACUUUAUGGCAAUUACCCUAACACAUUGAAAAGAUUUUGUGUAACCGUAUCUUGAAGCUGAUUCUGUUGGCUAUAUAUCUUGAGAUUGACAGUUCUUUUAAAAUAUUAGUAAUGGGGCUAUUGGUAUUAUUCGAAAACAUAUGACUCUCCGACUGUUAUGUCUUUGUGAUCACUGAGUCAGAUUUUUAACAAAAAUCACAUCCCACGUAUGUUCCUGUGAUGGGGAAGAAGUAUUUGUUACAGUGCAAUUUACACUUUCAUCUAUGGAAGGUAACACUUUUUAUUUUUGGACAAAGUGAUGAAAAUGACACACUUUGUAAAGCAAAGUGCUCUUUUCCGACAUAAUUAUCUUUUAGCAUGAACCAACAUUGCCUUUAUCCGUAGUGUUUGGUUUUACGGUCUUGUGUAUUAUAAGUUUUGAACAGACUGUGUAAUAUAUGGAUUUUUUUAAAGACAUUUUACCUCUUGUUGUAGCCUACUACAGAAAGUAGAGAUGUUUAUUUACAUCAUAGGAUCCAGAAAUCUUCUCUCUGACCUCAAUUUCUUCUCCAAAUUACUAAUUUUAUAAUAAUAUAGACUUCAAUUUUUUUUAAUAUGACCUGGAGGACACAUACAGUAUAGUAUAUUGAACUGUAUCCUGAGUUUAAAAAUGAGCUAUUGUGGGGGGUGGGGAAUAAACUUUGUAGGUGUCAUAAGAUAUAUAUUUAAAUAUGCUACUUUGCAAAGUUGUAUUGACGAUAGCCAUUUACUCAAGAUUUUGUGGUAAGUAAGCUUGCGUUCUCUGAAGGUUUAAUGAUGCAAAUGGUAAAGGUACACUGUAUUCAGAGGGACAAUUGAUUGCAUUAACAAUAUAAAUGUAUAUAUUAAAUAAGACAUAUGUAGAUUUAAAGGUGGAACAAACAGUUUGUGUUAAAUGCAGCUUCCUCUUCUGAAGUCCUAAAUUAGGUUUCAGUAGUUUGCAUUAAUAUUUUAAAUUGCUUUGCUAAAGUGCAUUCAGAUAUUUUAAAUGCAGGUUGUUUACAGAAUGCAUUCAUGAAAUUUUUAUUUAUUUUUUUACACAUUUAAAAAUAGUUUCCUUGUUUAAAUGUUGUGUAACUAUUGACUUUUUUUUUUUUUCUUUUUUAAUUCAUUUAUUUAUUAUUAUUUCAAGAUCCCAUUUCCAGUCACACUACUUCCUUGUUUCCUGAAAGGCAACCAUUUCAAAAUGGUUUUGGGAAAGUCUAGUUGAUACCUUAUUAAAAAGCUGUAUCAGCCAUAUAUUUUUAUUUAUUUUAAUUCAAAUUUUUUGUUAUUCUCAUGGCAUUUAUUUUCAUUUGCUUUUUGCUUGUCAUUUUAACUGUGGGUUGGAUAGCACCCACCUCAAGCUCUUGAAAUACAGUGUUGGCUGUGGAUUAUGGACAGUUGGGAAAUCGGCUUGUCCACCCCUCUUCCUUCCUGCAUUUGAGUAUCUGUGCGUGUGCAUAAAGGGAAAGUCCUUCUUUUUUUAACUUUAGCAUACUCUUUACUAAACUGAAGUAUGUAUGUACUUUAAGGUUUAAAAAAAAAAAAAAAAAAAAUAGAACCCAUUUCUUGUUAUUGUGCCCUAGUGGGUGAUCGGUGACACAGGGGAUUGUUGCGCAAUCAUAGAAGUGCCAAGUCACACCUUAUUUGUCUAAUAAAUUUUUUUUAAAAAGUCACCUCCUGUUUUAAGACUAAAAUGUUUGGGAACGGAGGAAAGGUUGGCAUUGUGAUUUUUUAUUUUUUUAUUUUUUUUCUCAUUCAUUACAUCCGUCUUUAUUUUUAUUUUCCCAUACUAAAAAUGUGGCCUCAAAGUAGUGAAACAAAGCAAAUUAAUUGUAUAGUUAAUCAAAAUCCAAGUGUCCCUUUAAAACCGCUAAUUUUUUACGGUCAUUCUGAUAUGAGCAGUGUAUAUAUGUGUGUGUGUGUGUGUGUGUGUGUGUAUAUAUAUAUAUGUGUAUGUAUAUAUAUAUAUAUAUAUAUAUAUAUAUAUAUAUAUAUAUACAGACAGACAGACAGACAGGGGUGCACUCACAGGUCUUAAGAAAGAACGACAAUCCCGUUAUUAAAGUGAAAAAAUCUUCAUUACAUCCGUGAAAAAAAUCGACGUUUCGACCCCUAAGGGAUCUUGAGAAAGACCCUUAGGGGUCGAAACGUCGUUUUUUACGGAUGUAAUGAAGAUUUUUUCACUUUAAUAACUUGAUUGUCGUUCUUUCUUAAGACCUGUGAGUGCACCCCUGUCUGUAUACUUAUAUUCAUAAUGCGGGUUGCACCUAGGCAAUUUUACUUUUCUCUUUUUUUCUAGUAAGGAGAGUGCCAAGCUGCUUUGGAUUUUUUAUAUUUUCUUGUUGCUUGCAGAAAGCUUAGUCUGUUACUAGGGCUUGUUCAAAAGGUACAGCAUCUUAUGGUGCUUCAAUAUUGCAAAAUUAUAAAAAAAAAAUUUAUGUCAGCGUAGCUUAUAAAGUUCUUCAUUUUAUCAUUCAUUAUGUCAAGAGUUUUUCUUAAAUUAUUGUGGUACCUUUUUUUUUUUUUAUAUAGCUCAAAACAAAAAAGUAUUGUAAAAAGAGUGGUGUUGGGAAGCUUUAACACUUUAUCUUUGAUCUCUGACUCUGCCUUUAUUUUUGUUGGCUUACAUCAAAUCCUGCAGAUUGAAACAUAGCAAAUAUAUCGAAUUUUACUGUACAAGACUAUGGGUGAUUGGAAAUUCAGAGUUUGACUUUGCACUUGGAUAGACCUCUGCAAAGUUUAGAGGCAGGCCUGCUCAUUCAGCAUUGCAAGUGUGAGUUAAGGCAAACCAAUGAACAAGUAGUGAGUAAUGGGUAUUCUUUUCAGAUAAACUUGUGUUGAGCGUGUAAACAUAUUAACAAUAACAAUUCUAUAGUGCCAACAUUUUACACUCUAAUUUACAGUGGGGUAUAAGACAGUGGGGAGGGGGCAUUUAAUAAUUCUUAUAGUGGCACUGUGACCUCAAUUUCUUCUCAUAAAUCAGUUUAAAGUAAGUAGUGUUUUAAACUAAGUAAGCUUAGUAAGUUAAAAUUAGAACUAACAAUUGAAAAUGUGUCAAUGUGGAGAUUAACAUAUUGAACUUUGCAACACCAUUUUAAAUUACUGAUUCAUAAACAAAACCUGUCUUAGAGAACGUUUUUUGAUGUCAUGAGCCAGUCAGACUCUAUGAUUGAGAUAGCAGCUGCUAGCUUACCAAUGUGCAGGAAAUGGGUUUUUAAAGUGGAACUGUCACUUCCCUGAAUAUUACCAUUGUACAGCGCUACGGAAUCUGAUGGCGCUAUAUAAAAAAAAAAAAAAAUAUUACACAUUUGAAUAAAGCUACCUAUAAUUGGCUUUCUCUUUACAAAAACAUGUUUAUUACACACAGAAUAAAAUAUAGUAGUCAAAAACAAAAUAGGAAGUGACCGUUCUCUUACAAUCUGGUGAAUUUGUAUUUUUUUGGGCCCCAAGAAAUACAUUAAGUGGAAUGAAAAAUAAACACAAGAUAUAAACCAUUUUAACUGUAUUGUAUCAGGAUUAGAGCCUGCUUUUUAACCUAGCAAAGUUCUGAAAUAGUGAGGUUUCACCAUGAAAUGUUCUAGAUGAAACAUGGCAGGCUGGGGAGAUCCCCAAAUGGUGUAGGACAGGCAUAGGCAACCUUUGGCAGCAUUAUGGGAUAUGUAGUCCAAAACAUAUGGAGUGCCUAAGGUUGCCUAUCCCUGGUGUAGGACUACAACUCCUUUGAUGCUUUUCCAUCAUACACAUUUGCAAAGCAUCACUGGAGUUGUAGUUUACACGGCAAGGAGAUGGAUCUUUAGACAAUCUAAGUCUAGAGGUUCUGUUAAUGAGCAGUGUCCUAUUAUUAUUAUUAUUAUUAUUAUUAUUAUUAUUAUUAGCAUUUAUAAAGCGCCAACAAAUUCCGCAGCGCUGUACAAUUGGGAAACCAAGUGUUCUGUCAAUUUCUACAUGUGCAGUAAAAGAGGUCUCUCUGAAUGCAUACCUAUUGCUCUAUAUGUAUUUGCUAAUCCUACUAACCAUAGCAUGAAAUCUUUCUCUUUCUGCCAUGGGUGUUCUGGUGACUAGGUAUUCUGUCAGUUCGGCUUACUCUUUUUGUAUCUGCUGUUAAUUUCUCUCUAAUACUCUAACCUGGCUGCUCUUUUCUUUCCUCCCCUCUGUCUUGUAGAGAGGUCUGAAGAAUGUGUUUGACGAGGCUAUCCUAGCUGCCCUCGAGCCUCCGGAAACUCAGCCAAAAAGGAAGUGCUGUAUAUUCUAAACUGUAUUCUCCUCUUCCCCCUGAUGCUGCUUCCUCUGUCCCACUACUGUAGCAACACAAUAAAAAAAAAAGAGUAACCAUUCAUAAUCUAAUAAAACAAAUAUGUUGGCAAAACCUGUGCGUCUUUCCUUAAAAAUCCCAAAAUGAGACUUGCAUUCAUCUCCUUCAGUCCUUAUUGUAAGGCAGUUUAAAAAUUGGACUCUUAACUGUUUUUUUGGGUUGCCAUAAUUUCAUGGCCUUAAACGGAUCAAGUCAGUGAUGAAUAUUGUAUUGAAGAUGCUUAUUAAAUUAGAGGGUUUAUUUUUUAUUUUAUUUUUUCUCAACCCUUUUGGCUGACAUUCAUUGUUGACUUUUUGUGCAGGAAAGGUGUUAAAUGAUGGAGACAUAAACCAGAUGUCUUAAGUGCUUCUGCGGCACAGGGGUUUGAACUCUUUAAUUCAUGUUUUUGUUUUACAAAGAGGAGGGGUAGAAAAAAAAUGAACAGAAAGACUUUUCUUUGUGAGUUAUUCAUAAUGUGAGUGUUUAUUUGUAAUUAGCUUGCCAGUUGGAAGGGUGAAGAGCACAUUUUUCUUUUCUAUUAAAUAUAUAUAUAUAUAUAUAUAUAUAUAUAUAUAUAUAUAUAUAUAUAUAUAUAUAUAUAUAUAUAUAUAUAUAUAUAUAUAAUUUAUUUUUUUUUUUUAUUUUUUUUUUUUUAUUUGCCCUUUGCCAUUUUUGCUUUGCACAUUGUAGUGUUCUUGUUUUAGUUUUGUGGUAAAAUGGACAAUUGAACACAAUCCAUGUUUUUCCAUUUUGUAUAAUUGAAAUUGUCACUUUGAUAAAGCUUUGUGAACAGUUUUUUUUUUUUUUUUGGAAUACAGUAAGAUGUGCUAAGUUUGGCCUGCUAAUUGAUGCCUGCAACAUAGUUUUGGUCCAGACCUAGAUUUCGUUAUUUUGGGGAUGGGUGGUAGCCUAUAGCGGGUGCACUUAAUAUGAUGUCCUACAUGGGUUUUAAUUUUAUUUUUUUAUUUUUUUAAAUGGCUGCUUUUUGGAAACUCUGUACAACAGUUUGAGGAAUCUAUACAAAAUGCCUGCUAAAUGUGUGUGUGCUUGCUACCUGGUUUAUUGCAAUUUGCCAUCUAUGUUUACAUCCAGCUUCUAUACCUAUUUGCUUUUUGCUGAAACCAUAUUAAGGACUUGCUCGAAAGGAAGCUCUAAAAAUGAACUGAUUUCAACCAAAGAGGACUUUACUAAAACUAAAGAAGAUCUGCUGGUGCCAGUGUUUGCUCUCAUGCUUCUUAAUGUUCUCUUAGUCUCCGGGAGUCCUUAUUUUAACAGGUUACAAAUUUUGCUUGGUGUCUAUUCCUUUUUUUUUUUUCUUUUUGGUGACAUGAAUUGUACUGUUUUGACUGCCUAAUCAUUCCAAAAUACAUAUUUAAGUUUAAAUAUCCUUAUUGUGGCCUCUGACUCUGCUCAAGGUAAACCCUCAAGUUUUUGUUUUCAUUAAUCACAAGCUAAAAGAUGACUUCAAUCUUCAAAACUCAGUCCAAAUGUGGUUCUUUUAGUGGCAACUUUUAUUUUGUUUGGUUAUGCAUCACGUUUAUGUUUGGGUUUUUUGGCUUAAAUAUGUCUUAAAAUGAGACUGCCCAUUCUCUCUCUUUGACCCUUUUCAGAAAGGCCUAAAGAAUGUAUUUGAUGAGGCGAUAUUGGCCGCCCUGGAGCCCCCAGAGCCCAAGAAGAAACGCAAGUGCGUGCUGCUAUGAACACCCACCAUCCAUGGUCCUCCUUCUGCAAAGCUGGUGUCGACGUCAAACUAAAAGCAAUGUUUAAAUCAAACUAAAGAUGAAAUAUAAUUUCCCCCCUGCCCAACGUUUACCACCCUUAAACAAAGGGGUGUCUGAAAAAUCAAACCCAACAACUUAUGUAACAUAAAAAUAGAUGAACAAUUGUGUAUCUUCAGGAGCACACAUAGACAUAAACACACACACACACAUUGUUACUAGUUUUUUUUUUGUAUAUUUACUGUUUCUAAUGUCUUAUAUUAAGAGCAAGGCAUGCUUUGUAGGUAACAGACUAAUUUUAAAGCUCUGUUUUAUCAGCCCAACUCUUGUACCAAGUUGGCAGGAAUUUUUUUUUCUGUUUUUUACUGUAUAAUUGCACAAACAUCGGGCAGGUCGGCACGUUGUUUUCCCAUGCUCACCUAAAGUCUAAGACCCCAAUCUAAGCCUGCUGCCAAUCUAGGACACGAGUUGGCACUAGACAAGCAUGAUUCUAGUUUCCAAAAUCAAAAUGUCCUUUGUAAUCUACUUCCUCAACUGUUAAAGUCCAGGUUUCUGACUCUUGACAUAUAGAGUCGAACCAUUUCAGCACUGACUCUCCAGAAUAUUUCUCCAUCUUUAAUUUCUAACUCUUUAAGUUAGAGGGUAGAUAAGUGUUGGGUGCCUCUUUGGCAGAAAGUAGGGAUUAUUUCAUGCCCUGGAGUAUCUUGGCAAACAUAUUUGACUAAUUUAGAUUUAGUCUUUUCUAGAUCACAUAAUUGAUUUUCUUACCAAUAUGUCUGUCUAAUAAAUACAAAUAGUUUCACAUCCAUGUUAAAUAGAUGUGCCUGAUUUACAUUUUUCUUUUUGUUUAUGUUGUAAGGAGGGAGUGGUUUUUAUUUUGUUUAGUUUGAUAUUUGAGGGACCAGUCAUUGUCCUAUUAAUGUACAGUUUGCAUGUAAACCUAACCCAAGGAGCCUGGGAUUGAAUUCAUGUUUCAGAGAUAAUGUAAAGAAAAUAUAGACACCAGUGUUAAUACAGAUUUUACCAAAACCACAUGGUUUAUUUCCAGAAUUAUUUUUAAUAUUUAGGGAAUAUAUUCCACCUUCCCAAAUUAAUAACUUGUAGACUCAUUAGUGUUUUCAACCGAUGGUUUGUUUCAUGUCUCCGUUCUUUGUAUAUGCAUACUUUUCAGAUGUAUUAAACAUAAAAUACUGUCACAUAACUGCCUA